AUGAGAUUAUAAUAGCCACCUCCAAUAAGCUAGUAAACCUUUAGUUUCGGUCAAGCCAAUUCUUUCAUUCAAAGAGUUUAAUAAACCUAGCCAAUCAUCAGAGUAAAUUAACCAUGCUUUAGAGUCUAUACUUAACCGAUGCAAAAUAAGAGACAAUCAAAGAGUCCCUUCUAAAGAGGAUAUGAUAUGUAAGAAGAAAACAGAACCUUGAAAAUAUACAUAUUACAAAUGGAACAAACUUUGGCGAAUCUUUAGAAGAACAAUAAAAGACUCUUGCUUUCAUAAUAAUUAAAAGAAAAUUCUCAUUUAAGAGAUGAGAUUUAGAAGCUUAAAACAGAAAUAUCCACUGAGCUUGCAGAAAGAGCGUAUUUAGAAAAGGUUUGUUAGAAAUUAUGA